AUUUAUAAAUAUUUCAUAAAAAUGAUUUCAGGAAAUUAAGUGAUUGCUUAAUCAUUUGCUUAAAAUCAAUUGAAAUAUGUUUUUGGAAUUGUAGGAGUUCCAGUAAUUGAAUUAGGUUAUGCUUUUUAAGCAUAGGGAAUGGAGUAUUAUGGAUUUAGAAAUGAAUAAGGAGCAUCUUAUGCAUGUGGAGCAAUAGGUUAUUUAACACGUUUACCAGCAAUCUGCUUAGUAGUAAGUGGACCUGGUUUAGUUCAUGCUUUAGCAGGAGCAGCAAAUGCUUAAAUAAAUGGAUGGCCAAUGGUCAUAGUAGCAGGAAGUUCUGAGAAUGGUUAAUAAUCUUAUGGUGCAUUUUAAGAAUGUGAUUAAUGGAACAUUGUUAAACCAUAUAUUAAAUUUGGAGCGAAAGUAAUUUAUUUGAUUAUAGAUUAUAUAGAUAACUAAUUUAAGAUAAGCACCAAUAUUGAUUGAGAAAGCAAUCAGAUAAAGUUGUGUUGGAAGACCUGGAGUAACAUAUAUUGAAGUAUCAGGUGAUUUAUUAAGGAGUAAUAUACCUGAGAAUGAAUUAAUUAAGGUGCCGACAUUCACUUUAGAAUAAAUACCAAAAAGCAUGGCUGAUUCUAAAAAUAUAGAUUAAGCUAUUUAAUAGCUGAAGAAUGCAAAGAGACCACUUGUAAUAAUAGGUAAAGGAGCUGGGAUAAGUUUAUCAGAAAAUUAAGUGAUCAAAUUUAUUGAAUAAACAAAAUUGCCAUUUUUACCAACUCCGAUGGGUAAAGGAGUUGUACCUGAUUCUAAUAAUCUAAAUGUAUCUGCAGCAAGAUCAACAGCUCUUGGAGAAGCAGAUGUUAUUUUAUUAAUAGGUGCAAGAUUAAAUUGGAUUUUACAUUUUGGUUUACCUCCUAGGUUUAAUGAUGAUUGUUAAUUCAUUUAAAUAGAUAAUUAUCCAGAAGAAUUUAAUAAUAAUAGAAGAACUACAACAUUAUUUGGAGAUAUCUCUUUAGUUGUUGAAUAAUUAUAGAAAUCAUUUGGAAAUUGGUAAUUUAAUAAUAAGUAGUGGAUUGAUAAAUUGUAUGAAAAGAGAACAAAGAAUACUCUUAUUAAUUAAUAAUUGAUGAAUGAUAAAGAACUUCCAUUAGAAUAUUAUAGUGGUAUUAUUAUGAUAUUAAUAAUUACAAGCUUUUGGUAUAAUAAAAUAGUAUUUACCUAAAGAUUGUGUUUACGUUGGUGAGGGAGCUAAUACAAUGGAUGUGGGAAGAACAAUAAUAGAACAUGACAUACCAAGAAGGAAAUUAGAUAGUGGAACAUUUGGGACAAUGGGAAUAGGAUUACCUUUUGCUAUUGCCUCUAAAUUAGUAUUCAGAGAUAAAUAAGUAUUUGCCAUAUUAGGAGACAGUGCAUUUGGAUUUUCAGGAUUUGAAUUUGAAACAUCAACUAGAUACAAUCUUCCAUUAGUAAUUAUUAUUAUUAAUAAUAAUGGAAUAUUUGUGGGAGUAGAUGAAUUAUCAUAAAAGAAUAAUGAAAAACCAGUAACUGCAUUAAAUCCUAAUUCUAGAUAUGAAAAACUGGUAAAAUUAUAAUAAUAAUUACAAUUUAGUGUGAAUCAUUUGGAGGAAAAGGAUUUUUAGUAGAAACACAUGAUUAAUUGUAGACUGCAAUGAAAGAGGUGUUGAAUAAUCCUCAAUAAAGUUAUAUUAUAAAUGUGAGAAUAAAUCCAUAUGGAUAAAAGAAACCAUAAGAACAUGCUUGGUUAACUUAAAGUAAACUAUGAAAAUAUAAUGUAUGCUUAUAAACCAAUAAUGA